AUGGACGCGGGAGCUGCAGGCCAAGUGAAGAAAGAAGAGGGCUUGACUGAGGACCAGCUCCGGGAACUCAUCCAGGGCCCCGGGGAUGUCGAGUGGAAAUACGAAAUGCGCCGCGAGUGCCAGGAGAUCCUCCCAGGACUCCUGCUCGGGCCCUUCCAGGUAUCCAAAUCCCUACCAACCCUACAAGGUAUGGGCGUCACGCACAUCGUGUGCAUCCGCGACGCGAAGGAAGCCUUCUCCGUCAAGCCCCGGUUCCCAGAGCACUUUGUCUACCUCACACUGGACGUCGAGGACAGUGAAGAGCAGAACCUCAUCCGGCUAUUCCCCGCCGCACGCCAAUUCAUCGACCAAGCGAUCGCCCAAGGCGGGCGCGUGCUCGUCCAUUGCAACGGCGGCAUCUCCCUCUCCCCCGCGUUCGUCGUGAUGUUCGUCAUGCAGCACUACCACCUCUCGUGGGAGGACGCGCUGCACUACGUCCAGAACCGGCGGUACUGCAUCAGCCCCAACGGCGGCUUCCUGACGCAGAUCAAGGAAUACGAAUCCAUCUACAAAGCCACACAAGCAGUCGCCUCGCACCCGCCACAGCAGCGCGUCGUCUCGCGGCGAAAACGCGAAGACGACGACGACGAAGACGAGCAGAAGUAA